CUCUUCCGCCCCCCCCCCAUAUCCCGGAGUGCCCUGCGCCUUCCGGGGUUGCAGUGCCCCGCCCCUUCCGGCUGCCUUCCGCCAUCAUGGCGCAGGGGCAGCGCAAGUUCCAGGCGCAGAAACCGGCAAAGAGCAAGGCGGCGGCGAAGGCCGCGGAGCGCGCGCGGGGCCCGCGGAAAGGCGGCCGGGUUAUCGCCCCCAAGAAAGCGCGCAUCGUGCAGCAGCAGAAAGUCAAGAAGGAGCUGGAAGUGGGGAUCCGGAAGAAGAUCGAGCACGACGUGGUGCUGAAAGCCAGCAGCAGUCUUCCUAAGAGGCUGGCGCUGCUGACGGCGCCGGCCAAGAAGAAGGGGGCACCGUCUUGAGGGCCCCCGCGACCCCCCCACCCCCAGCCCCCAACAAUAAAGCAAAUGCCAU